CUAGCUGGUGGUAGCGAUACAAUGAGACUACUCCUCCUCGUCGCAGUCUUUUCUCUGUUUGCAUGCGUUCUCUCUCAGACAAUAAACUCGUGUCCAACUGAGAGUGCUUUGAUUGGGAGAUUCAAUGAAGCCUCUCGCUCUUUGGAAGUUCGUGGCUGUGAUGGACAGAUAUGCAAUAUGGAAGACCAUCAUGAUGAUGAUCACGAUGACCAUGACGAUGAUCACGAUGAUCAUGAUGAUGAUCACCAUCGCAAACGUAGAGAUAGUCAUGAUCAUGGCGAUGAGGAUCAUCACGAUGAAAUGAACUGCACAACUUGUGGGACUGCCUAUAAUCUCACACGAAUGGUUAUCCUCUCAUUGGGUCUUACGACCGUCGACUGUCUAGAAGGCCACAAUCAUAAUACUGAUCCACCAAAGCCUAGCACUUCAGAAGCUUAUGGCUAUGGCUUCCUCAUGAUUACUUUUGUCUGUCUUUGCUCACUAAUGGGGAUUUUCCUGGUUCCUUUGAUAAACAGUAACUCCAAAAUAGGGAGACAAACAUAUGAAUAUGUUUAUGCAUUCAUGAUUGCUAUUGGGAUUUCAGCCUUGAUAUCUGAUGCCGUGUUGCACCUCAUCCCUCAUUCUUUUGGGCUCCAUGCCCAUGAGGAGGAAGGUGGGGCUCAUGACCAUGAAGCUGAAGAGGAGAAUAAGGACUUUAUUUGGAAAGGAUGUCUUGUUUUGCUAGGAGCAUAUUUAUUCUACCUGUUGGAGGUAGCACUACACGGUCUUGGUGACUAUUUAAAAAAAUCAAGUCCAGAUCGAAACUCAAGCUCUUCCUGCGCUAAUGGAGAUGGACACAGUAUCCCUGAAAUGAAGGAACUGAAGACAGAUAAGCUUAGCAGCAGUGAUGAACAAGAGUCAGAGCUAGUCAAUGAUGAAGAGAAGCCAAAAUCCAAACUCUCCUUUUUGAAGAGGAUCGAACCAGUGGCUUGGCUCAUUAUAGUUGGGGAUGCUCUCCAUAAUUUUGCUGAUGGCAUUGCCCUUGGUGCUGCCAUUGUACAGAGCUUGACACUUGGUGUCAGCACAAUGUUUGCAUUGAUAUUCCAUGAAGUACCACAUGAACUUGGUGAUUAUGUCAUUUUGAUCAAGUCUGGAUUUCACUGGGGUACCGCUCUUUUGGUUAACUUCUUUUCAUCUCUCACUGCAAUCCUUGGCUUCUUUAUUGGUGCAGCCAUAAGCUCUAACAGUGAUGAAGCCAAUGGCUAUAUACUUGCUAUAACUGCUGGACUCUUUUUUUACAUUGCACUCACUGACUUGCUCCCCGAGUUGAUUCAUGGUGCGAAAUAUGUCAAGUUCACCAAAACUGGUUGGAGGUGGGGCCUGAGGUUCUUCUUGACUAACUUGGGCUUUUUCAUUGCCUUUGCUGUUCUGCUUGUGCUGGCUGUGUAUGAAGAGGAUCUCAACGAACUGAUUGAGUGAUGAAAUGCUCUGAUGCUUAACAUUUCAGCCCCUUUUGCUACUCUACUAAAUAUUUUUUUCUAGCCCUAGGCCUUUCUAAUCCAUUAGUUUUUGUUAAGUCUUUGUAAUGCUAAAUGGAUGUAUACAUUUUCAGUAUUAUUAA